GGCUCGCUCACUCGUCGUCCGGCGCGCGCCCGAUACAGGAGUCAAGACUCUCCUCUCUUCCUCUCGUUUUUUAACCCGUUAAUACCCAACUCACACAAACACAUCAAGAUGUCUGGUCUCGCGGAUCCCGUGGCUUUCGCCAAGGACUUCAUCGCCGGUGGUGUGUCUGCUGCUAUCUCCAAAACCGCCGUUGCACCCAUCGAGCGUGUCAAACUGCUUCUCCAAGUACAACACAUCUCCAAGCAGAUCGCCGAAGACCAGCGUUAUAAGGGUAUGGUCGAUUGCUUCGUCCGUAUCCCAAAAGAGCAGGGUUUCCUGAGUUACUGGCGUGGUAAUUUCGCCAACGUCAUCCGUUACUUCCCAACGCAGGCGUUGAACUUUGCCUUCAAAGACAAGUACAAGCAGGUAUUUUUGGGAGGUGUCGACAAGAAUACCCAGUUCGGACGUUACUUCCUUGGUAACCUUGCAUCGGGCGGUGCUGCUGGAGCCACCAGUCUGUGUUUCGUCUACCCACUCGACUUUGCCAGAACCAGGUUGGCUGCCGACGUCGGCAAGGCUGGUGGUGAGCGAGAGUUCACAGGUUUGGGUAACUGCUUGGCCAAGAUCUCCAAGGCUGACGGUAUUGGAGGAUUGUACAAGGGAUUCGGUGUAUCCGUACAGGGUAUCAUCAUUUACCGUGCCGCUUACUUCGGCUUCUACGACACAGCCCGUGGUAUGCUGCCUGACCCCAAGAAGACUCCGUUCCUGGUUUCAUGGGGUAUUGCACAGGUUGUAACCACCGUUGCCGGUAUCGUAUCCUAUCCAUUUGACACCGUGCGUAGGCGAAUGAUGAUGCAGUCCGGACGUGCCAAGUCCGAGAUUCUGUACAAGAGUACCAUGCACUGCUGGUCCACAAUCGCUAAGACCGAAGGUACCGGUGCCUUCUUCAAGGGCGCCUUCUCCAACGUUCUCCGUGGUACUGGUGGUGCACUCGUACUUGUACUCUACGACGAGAUCAAGAAACUUCUUUAAACAUCUUAUCAUCAUCUUACCUUUACCCGACUACAACAAUCCAAGAUCAAAACUCGGACAAGAACCUAUGUUAACAGCUACCAAAAUUUUUAGAAU